AGGAGAGAAGAGAAUGGUGGGGAGGCGCUACCGCCCGAGCCUGCCGCUGCUUGUGAUUGAUCGAGGCUGCCUUCAGUCAUGCUCCGCGCCCCGCCUAAUCUCCAUCCCGGAAGAGAAGGACCAGUUUUCCUAGCUGCAUAGCUUAUUGAUAACAAUAUUUGUCUCUUAAGAGCUCUCCUUGCAUUUAACAGAGGGACAUGGCUGUGAGAGCUUGUGGCUUGAUCAUCUUCAGGAGGCUGCACUCAGCACCACCUUCUAAGGUCACUGACAGUAUUGAAUACCUCCUCCUUCAGACAUCCUAUGGGACCCAUCACUGGACGCCACCCAAAGGCCACGUGGACCCAGGAGAGGAUGACCUGCAGACAGCCUUCCGGGAAACACAGGAGGAGGCUGGUCUUCAGGCCAGUCAGCUCACCCUCAUAGAGGGGUACAAGAAAGAACUGCACUAUCCUGUCCGUGGCAAACCUAAGACAGUCAUUUACUGGCUGGCAGAAGUGAAGGACUGUAACACAGCAAUCAAACUCUCGGAGGAGCACCAGGCUUUCCGGUGGCUGAAGCUGGAGGAUGCUUGCAAAUUUGCAGAAUAUGAGGACAUGCAAGCGACACUGAAAGAAGUGCAUCAGUUUCUCUGCUCCAAAGAAUAAAACCUUUCGUGAAGGGCAAGGGGAAUUUUUGAAGAAACGUGGCCUGCUUUUUUUUUUUUUUUUAAUUUUUUUUAACCAGAGGAGGAACUAUAUGCCUGAAAAAAUGUAGAUUUCUCUUUUAAAUCUAGAAAAAUUCAUUGAAGAUACUUAGACCUUUUAAAGAGCUUAUCCUUUUGUCUUCCCUGACUAAUGCAAAAGAGCAUGGUCUGAUUGAACCACAAGCCAGAGAUGUCUGAAUUGAAACCCAGAGCUAACAAAGACUUCCUCUGUCCCUGUCUCCUUCCCCCCCACCCCGCCUUGAAGUGCUCAGCAACCACAGAUCUUUUUGAAAAAUCAAACACUUGAUAUUUCUUGACUUGCUGGUGUAGAACUACAGACUUGAGAAAAUGAGCAUAUGGAGAUUUUUAAUAACAAAAUGUUUACUGCAGAAGUUGCACCUUGCAUUUGAAAUGGGGAAAUAGUAGUUCUGUUCCCAGAUGAUAUGCUGUGAUGACUUGUCAAAUCAUUUCAGGUCUUGUUUGUUUGUAUCAUGAAUUUAUGUACAUCACUGAUGUACCGUUGUGAAAACAUUUUCCAUCCAAAGACUCUUAGUAAACAGUUGAUGUACAGCA